AUGGCUGCUGAUAUCUUUCUGAUUGGUCAAGGGGAGGUCUCUGGAAGCGAUUACGCUUAUUUACGCGAGGAAGUGGAACUAUUGAGGGGAUCUCUGGAUAUGUGCAACUAUCGAGAACAACUGUUAAGACGCGAGGUUGACGCUUUGAAAAAAGGUCAAACUUUCAAAAGCGAUGUAGAAACCAUAGUUCUAAGUUGUGAGAAGGGCCAUAAGCAGGAACUUAAACAGCUUGAAAAGGGACAUUCCGAAAUAGUAGAGGAACUUCAACAGUGGGUUGAGGAUGGAGACAAGGAGAACAAAACUUUGGAGGAGAUCAUUGAAAAAAACAGUGAUGAAAAUGUGAAAAUCUUGGCUCAGAUCAGUGUCUUGAAGAAGGAAUUGAAAGCUUUGAAGAGAGAGAACAACACUCUCCAGACUGAGUUGGAAACAAAGAGCACGGACUUGAAGGGUGUAAGGUUUCAAGUAGACACGUUGGAAGCCGAAAUUUCUCGCUUUAAAACCAGCGAGCUGGAGUUUAAAAGUCUGAAGGAUGAAACUUCGAGUCUUAUUGACAAGCUUGAGAUUCAGCUCAAUACAUUCAUGUCCGAAAGCGCCAGAAUAAUUUCUGAGAAGGACCAAGAGUUAAACAAACUCAGUAAAGAAAAGUCGACGGCUUUUGGCCAUCUUAACCGAAGGCUAGCUGCGUUCAAGAAGGAAAAAGCCAGAAUCACCUUGGAAAACGAUGAAGAAAAGAAAGAACUUAAAGAUAAAAAAUUGAAAAUUAUUGAUCAACUUAACAAACGGCUUGUCUCCAAUGAACGAAAACGCCAUAAUUAUUUCAGAGAAGGAUAA